CGUGAAGAAAUUGUCCGGCUCAACAUUGAAUUUCGUCGACUGCGUACAGUCAUUCAUGACAAGGAACUUCAGGUAGCUGGUAUCAUACACAACCUGCUUAUUUCAGACCCAUUGCUUGGCAGUGAGUUGAAGCGCCAGUGGCGUUCAUGA